GCGGCAGGGGGUCGGGCUCGCGCUCUGCCUCACAGUGGUGAUGCUGCUGCUGGUUGGUAGCCAGCCAGCCAGCUAGUCACCAAAGCUCCGUUUACAUGGUCACAUUUGAGGCGUUUGGCAUCGUUGAAUCGCGCUGUGUGACAGCCGAGGAACGCAAUGUGCUGCCGUACAUGUUGCCUUUUAAUGUAAUAAGAUGCAGGGCUACUCGAACGUCAAACAGCGGCUUCUUACGUAUAGCCGUCCGCGGAUAGCUCGCUAACGUUCCGGCUAACGGAACUACUGGUGACAGUAGUUCAUUAACUGCUUCAGCCGACAUGUUAGUUUGGUCGGGUGUGUAUGCCCUAGGUUUUUUUGUAACCUCACGUCUACUCUGGAAAUAACCAACGGUUAGAGACUCCACCGGCUGAAAACAUGACUCAGUGAGCUAGCGAGCUGGUUGGCUAACCAGGUUAGCCUACUGUUAACGGCUAGCUUAGCUGGGGAUGCUAUUAUUGGUGUCACUCCGGCAGCUGAAGGGGUGUCUGUCCAAUGGAGCUGAAGAGCUGCUCGGCUUGCAAAAGAUGACUGGCCGCCUGAGCCGUGUGCCUCUCUCAGCAGGAGGCGGAAUAUGGAAUCCGAGGACAAGUGGAACAAAGACCCGAGUGCACAUAAACUUCUGGACCAAAAGGUGCUUUGCAAGCAAAAUGGAAGGAUUGGUAUAGUGAGAACUCUUCACAGCCUGUUGAAAACCCAGAACACGCUCCAAAUUCAGUCCAUCACCCGUUCAGAAUGUGCUGGUUCCUGUCCAAAUCUAAUGAUGAGUAGAAGUGAGCACGCUGAUGUGAGGCCCAUCCCUGUGGCCCUCACCCCCCAGCUCCCUCCCAGAGCCCACCGGCCCCUCUGUGUGUCGGUCUCCUCCGACAGCAGUGGACGCUUCAAGGCUCUGGAGACACAGGAGUGGAAGAACAACCUCAAAGCUCAGAUGGAGCAGGCUCAUAGUGCAGGAGCCGCCAGUAGCACUGGUUCUCUGGAGCGAGCAUCUCUGUUCUGGGCCUCGGCUUCCACCACAGCGUCCAGCUCAAGUCUCUCCAGUCCAGUGGAGAUCCUAAACAAGAGCAAAUCCUCCAGUCGCUUCUCCCUCUUCUCUCCACCCUGGAACAGUAGUUCUGAGUCUGACUCAAACCCACCGUCCCGCUCAGGCUCCAAGAAGUUGCGUAACUACAGUAGAAGAGCUGCCACAGGUCCAGCUGGAGCCAGGGGCCCUGAUACACCCGAGUCCAAACCCAGCGGCCCUGAACACUUCCAGUACUCUGAGCCUGUUAUCUCCAAGGUGACGGAUUAUAUCUUUGUUGGCAACCUGAAUGCAGCAUACAAUGGGCGCACACUGUGCCGCAACAACAUUGACAGUAUCAUCGACAUGAGCAAUGUGCCAGGAGAACCGGGUCCCACCCUCAGCCUCAUACCCUGCACCUGCUCCCGUGGGACCCGGCACAGCUGGUCUCGCCUUAAGGUGGACAUCGGAGAUGUGCCAGAUGCUCUGGGCGAUGGCCCGGCUUUAAAGCAGCGAUGCUUUGAGGACAUCAAUGAGUGCAUCAAUGCCUCCAUGGAGAAAAGGAAGCGAGUCUUGGUCCACUGUCGGGACGGAUUCUCUCUGGCACCGACGUGUAUUAUCCAGUAUCUCAUGGUGAAGCAGAACAUGAGGCUGAUUGCUGCAUAUGAGCUACUGAGGGCUAAGUACCCAGUAAACAUCAGAGAAUGCCACCAAAACGUGCUUGUGAGCUUGGAGAGAGCAUUGAGGCCUGGUGGCAACAUUGACCCAGAGUGCUUCAAACAAGCCAUCUCACGCAAAGUGGCAUGGACCUGACUCCGUUUCACAUCGUAGACUGAUCAGCUGGAUAUUGUUGUUCCUCCUUAAGUUCAGUGGUUGUAAAAGUUAUACAUUUGAUGUAUUUUCUCUUCAGACCUGUAAAUGUGACCUGGCUGUGAUUCCUCCUCCAUUCUUCCUAAACAGGAAACGCAAUAGACUUCACGGUUAUGUAUACAGCUUCUUGAUGUAAUGUAAUAGUGUUGGCCGUAUAGUUGAUAUAAUCCUGCUUCAGUUCUGUGCCAUGCUGUUGUGUCGGUGUUCAAUAUCAGGGGAAUUUCUUUACGAGUGAUCUCAGGAGAUUAUUGAUGUCAUACAAGUACAGGAUGGGAAAAUUAUUCAUUCGAUUAAUGUGCGGCCUCAUUCGCACCUGGAACAACAAUGCAUCUUAGAGAGCUGUGUAUGUAUAGGGUUUGGCAACUUGUCCAUGAAUGAGUUGUAAGACCAGUGGCAGUUUAGAUUUUUCACCAGGCCAAUGUAUGAUACUAAAUGUGAGUUGACAAUCUACUUGAAGUUAGCACGUUCAAAUUAGAAAUGAAAUAUGACACCUGAAAAUGUUUCCCAGUUGUUGAAGUCUUUUCACAGGCAAAACAUUUGAGAGUGUGGUUUUAUUUGCCUGGUGAAACUCGGUUUUCUGCCUAUGUGUCAUAUCUAUGCCAUAGGUGCGUACCCUACAUUGUAGUCUAUGCCUUAAGCGUAACGUAGGCUUCUGCACUAAAGUGUUGCAGAGGCUCUGCUUGUGAUGCUCACCCCUUCGCGGACAGUGCACGGACCUCACAGCAUCGCUGAUGUGCACCUCCCCAGAAAUCUAACGACUUGCUGCGGCAUUACAUAGUGCAAGAGCUGUGAUUGGUCCACUUAGUAGUCAAGUGUUUCUGCUUUAGAAUUUCUGGCUGCUUCUCCAUCUCUGCAAUUUUCGAAUUGAUUGAUUUGGAUCAAUAAUGAAUCAGAAAGAUUAACUGAGGACGUCUGUAGAUACAGAAACUUGUGUUUGUCAAAAGUUUCAGCUGCCGUUGUUGAAAUUGAAGCAGGAAGUAGAAACCAAAAUGAACCUGACUGGUAAAAAAGACACAGCGUCAUCUAGUGUUUGGGUAGAAUUGUGCACAGACGCAUAUUUGCGACUUAAGUCACCGUGAGCAGUGAUUGGUGCAGAUUGCAUUGUCUUGACCAUAUCUGUUACUUGCCAAACGGACGUACAAAAUUCUCCCCUCUUCCUCAGUCUUUUCAGUGGUUGUACACCCAAAAUCAUGAUGCUUUCAGGAAAAGAUUUCAUGAGCUGCUCAAUUGCAGACACGACACAAAGAAAUUUAACAUGGCCUGCCUGCACUACAUUUCUGCAUCAUUAUACGUUGUGUUACAUUGUUACGUUGUGUUACAGCUCCGUACCAUUGCUAGUUAUCAAACAGCCUAAACCCUCCUCUCUGGCUUCAUGGUUGCUGAGCCUGAUUGCUGUUAAAACAGAAAUUUCCCUUCCCCCAGAAACUAGAAUCAAAAUGUAGUGAGAAGUCUCAACACAAGCCGUCAGUCCAGAUGCAUUGAAGGUGUAUUUCUAAACUGCCAUUGACCUGACAAUAGGUAAAGUUUGUGGUCAUUUGUUUGGAAGGUUGUUCUUUUUUUCUUUUUCUUUUUUUCUUUUUUUUAAAUGUAUAUUAUGAUGGUAGAAUGUUUGCCUGGAUGCAGUAGUCAUAAUCUUUGUGCAAUAAGGACUUUGCUUUGGAAUACUUUGAGACCAAGUUGCAACUCCACUGCACAUCCUAAGAUCGGAGGUCUUACAUGCUAUUAGUCACCGAGGGAUCGAUCACCACUGACUGGAUUAAUCUGCUUCUAUCGCAAGAAGGAACUUUGCACAUGGACAUACGUUUUAAAUCUAACUUACUUCUCUUUCAUGUGACCUUUUCAUGCAUUCUUUGUUUGUGUGUAUUUUCCAAGGUCAUACUUAAUGGGAGACGAAUGGCCCAAGCUGUCCUCUGUGAGGAAGACUGUACCCCCAUGUUAAGCCACAGCUUGUCUGGUUAAGUGUCUUGGGUAGUGCUCAGACUGUGGCUCUGUGAAUUUAAACUUCAGUGUAUGCUGUGAAGUUGUGCAUCUCUUAUCAGUAUUAGUGUAUCAGUGCCACUGCUAUUCAGGGUUUACACAGCAAGAGAUGAUUUUGCACUACUCACAGGUUGCCCAAUUUCAGAAAGUUUUUAUUUUAUUUUAUUUUUUUAAUUUAAAAUUAUCAUUGAUGAUAUUUCACACUUACAUUGAGAAAUGACUGUUGUCGAUGUUUUUUACAGUCACCGUUGUUAAUGUGCUCAUUGAAAUAGCCAUGCUAAGGCAAUGGUCCAGUUAAAAUAAUAGAAGUCUUGGUCUCUACACGAUUUUCUGACAACAGAUUUGUUUUGUGCAACAGUUCAGGAAUCAAAAUAUCUGCGUGCAAUUAGGACCUACAACCAGGCAGAGCCCACUAUGAAGAGUCUAUUGUGCUCUGAUGAUGUACAUGUCUGCACUGCUGUUGCUCUUCUGUCCCUCACCACCCUAAUAAUUUGAUAGGCCUAGCAGAUCUUUGUUGAAGUAUAAUCCAUUCCAAACACACAUCAGAGAUUUUUUUUCUCAGAUUGAUAAUCAGUGAAUCCAUUGUCUUCGUAUGAAUGAUUUUUAUUAACAAAGCAGAUCAAGACAAGACGUGAGAGCCAUGCUACUAAUGGAACCCAAUAAUCCCAAUGAGAUGAACCCUGCAUGACUCUAGAUAUGUGAAAUGCUGUUUCUGUCCUGCUUGUAAGUUUAGCCUCAUCUGUUUAUGUUGUAACUACAUCUAAGUUCAGAUCUGGACCACAGUGGGCAAGUUUUUGGGCCUGGCCCAGUCACAGUCACAAUAAUCACACACAUAUUUAGUGAACUUGAAGGGCAACCUGUGAAUAACACCUUGCAUAUUUCCUUUUUACAUUUUUAUUUUGAUAGUUCUUAAGUUCCUGGGCAUCCUCUGUGAGAAUCAGUUGUACAGCACAGUUGUGACAUUAACCCUGGCACAGUUCUGUGGUCAUGUCAGUGGUGUGAUAGGAGUGGAAGCUAAAGAGUAUGGUGCCUUCAUUUAGAGUCGUCUUGUGACCGUAUGGUGACAUUUGCACACUUUGUAUGACUUUAACCUCUUGAUAUGUUGUAAAACGCUAAAUAUUUUGGGUGUUCUUAUUUUCAGCAAAAAAAAGGUAUGGACAUAACAUUUGUGUCAAGUGGUCCUUGCUGUGAUAUAUUUGCUAGUAAAUAGUGUACAGUACCGAUGUUGUUCAUUAAGGUGGUGCUGGGAUUGAAGAUGAUGAUACAUGAGGCGGCCAAUGUUUUAAUGCACAUAUUAGGCACUCUAGUACACAAAGAUUCUGCAGAUUUGAUUUAUUCCUUGUUGCAUAUGCUUCUCGUUGACACCAUAUCAGACUGAAUAUGUUUUCUAACUCGUUCUCUCAGGUGAUUCCUCAGUGGCCCAGAAUGUUCUCAAUGAAUACGAUGUUCAGAAAUGUGAAGCAAUGUAUUUCUCAUGUCAUGUUUACUGAGUCAAAUUUAAUUUGUACUGUUGAAAUAUUAAAGUAACCAGUGGACUUAA